AUGUCUGCCAUUCUGCAACUCGAGCUUACUCUCCUCCGCGAGCUACUUCCGACGAUCACCAAGAUCCGAUAUACAGCAUUGGCCAACAGCUGUAUCAUCGUCUUUGACCACAUUUGGACAUUCGAUCAAGAGGUCCGUCACAUAUGGCAAGCGAAUUGGUCGGUCGGCAAAGUUCUGUAUCUCGUGAACCGAUACUACGCCUUAGUGCCAAUCGUGUUCAACAAUUUCGUUGUGCGUCUGUCCUUCGGUCGUGAUGAAAUUCAAGGAUUCACCGGUAAAUGUAGCUGCCAAGGAUGGAUGUACUGGCAAGGAGUAACUGGGAUAUUCGACUUCUUGGUCACCGAGAUGAUCCUCCUACUCCGUUUAUACGCCAUGUACUUCAGUGACAAGCGCGUGCUCGGGUUAUUGCUCUCUGUCGCUGUCUCGGCCGCGGUGGCAGCAGGGUACAUCAUGGCUCAUGCGUUGUCUCAAAUGAAAGCGACUGCCGUUCGCGUCCCCAUCGGUACACCUCACGGGACAAUUUGCGUGCCCAGCGGUAUCCCAAAGGACUUCUUCCUGUUCUGGAUCCCUAUGCUCGUUUCGGAGAUAAUAUAUCUUGGCUUCGCGCUACAUCGCGGUAUCAAGACGUUCCGCCGUACAACGAAGACAUCCGGGCUGCAGCUUAUCGAACUCCUGGUUCGAGACUCCAUCUGGUUCUUUAUCGUGAUCUUCGCUGCGUACAUCACUAACGCCGUUUUAUUCCUCCUCUCGCCGACCGCCGAAAUCGAAAUCCCGAUUGGCUUCGCCCAAGCCCUGGGCUCCGUACUCUCCUCCCGCCUCUGCCUCAAUGCCCGCGAACAUAUCAACGGCUCCGGCGUCGACGACGGCAAUCCCUCCUCCCUUUACUCUCCCGUCUCCGCGCCUCGCAUGCCCUUCUCGUCCAUCCACGCGGUGAGCUACGGCGAAGACUCCACUCUCAAAGCGGACGAUCCGCACCUGUCCGAGCUCGAGCUGAAGGAGCUGCGCGCGUUCAGCGUAGAGUCUCCGAAGCCGCCGCCCCGCCGCAGGCGCAGCGGCAGCGUCAGCACCGCGCGCGAGUGGCUCGCGCUCACGGUGAAGGUAUGA